AUGCUACGAAAACUUUGCUCAAACUCGGUAAAACUUGGGCGUUGUCGAUGGAUGAGCAAUGCUGGCGGAGAUGGAGAAAAUGUGAGUUUUCAACUGUUUCAAACUUGAAUCCAACAUUUUUUCUACUUUUCAGAAAGGUCCGAAAGUGAAAGAUGUUUUGGAUGAUGAAUUAUUGACUGCAAUUGACAAUGUCGCUAGUGAUAUUCAUCCGAAGAAUACAGAAAAUAAGAAAAGUUUGAAGAACACUUUGAUCAAUCGACUUGUUGCAAAUGAGAAAUCGUCGUUUGAUGCUGCUUCAGCUUCAGCUUCCAGUGAAAUGCUCGACGAUCAAGCUUUGAUUGGACUUCUUUCUGAUGUUGCCGGUGAUGCAAAACAAGAUCAAAGAAAAGUUCCACCAAAAGCAGCGCAACUUCGACAAGAACGAAGAGGUUUAGUAUUGCUGAGAAAGGAGAUUUUUUAUCAAGCAAUGCAAUCUGGUUUUACUGCUGAAGAAGCUCGAAUCAAAUCCGAACAAAUUGUUAAUGAGGCUCAAGUUCAAUUAGUCGAACAGAGGAAGGCACUUCUUUCUGGAAUUCAAGAAAAAAGCGCGCAUGAACAAGCUGAAGAAUUGCAUCGAAAUGAAAAAGAGCAGAAACUUUUCGAAAUGGCUAUGGAUGUUUUAGAGUUAGUUUUUUCUCAGAAAAUUCUGGUUUCUUAUGUAAAAAAAAACUUUUUUCCAGAAAAAUCUACAAAGACGAUUUGAUCAAUAGCGAUGCAAGAAAAACCAUUCAAGUCGACAAAAAUGCUCCAAAACUUUUUGAGUCAAAAAACACUCUGGGAAUUUGGAAAACCCAGGAAGGUUUGAAGGAUUAUUCGAUCAAUUUUUGGACACAAUGGGACAAACGAGCCGCCUUGUAAGCUAUUUUUUCCGAUUUUUUUUUGAAAAUCAAUUUUUCAAUUCUAGGCUUGCAAAUGAAUCAUUUGGUCCAACAAAUUCAUUUGAAGAACAAAUUGAGUGGACGAAAAAAGGAAAACAAUGGGAAUAUCCAAUCGAUAAUGAAUUCCGAUUGGGAGAUGAGCAAAAUAUUUCAUUUAUCGAUCAUGUGUUUUUAGAGAGACAUUUGCCAUCUUUAGGAAUUCCAAAAACUGGACCAAUUGCUCAUUUUAUGCAUUUAGUAAGUGUUCAUCUUUUUUUUUAAAUAUCAAGUACAUUUUCCCCAUUUCCAGGUCUGCGUUGGUCUCUCAAAAAAUCCCUACAUGUCUGCAUCGAAAAAACGAGAACAUUUACAAUGGUUUGCCAAUUAUUUCAACGAGGAAAAACAAAAAUUGGUGCACAAACUUCACGAACAAGAACAAAUUGCUGCUCAAAAUGCGGCGUGA